CGGUGCUCCAAGCCCCGCCGCCGCCCCAAGCCCCGCCACCGUCACCGCCACCGCCACCGCCACCAUGGAGGCCAUCAAGAAGAAGAUGCAGAUGCUCAAACUGGACAAGGAGAACGCCAUCGACCGAGCCGAGCAGGCGGAGGCUGACAAGAAGCAGGCGGAGGACCGCUGCAAGCAGCUGGAGGAGGAACAGCAGGGCCUGCAGAAGAAGCUGAAGGGCACGGAGGAUGAGGUGGAGAAGUACUCCGAGUCCGUCAAGGAGGCCCAGGAGAAGCUGGAGCAGGCGGAGAAGAAAGCCACGGACGCCGAAGCUGAGGUGGCCUCUCUGAACCGCCGCAUCCAGCUGGUGGAGGAGGAGCUGGACCGGGCCCAGGAGCGCCUGGCCACCGCCCUGCAGAAGCUGGAGGAGGCCGAGAAGGCGGCGGAUGAGAGCGAGAGAGGCAUGAAGGUCAUCGAGAACAGGGCCAUGAAGGACGAGGAGAAGAUGGAGCUCCAGGAAAUGCAGCUGAAGGAGGCCAAGCACAUAGCAGAAGAGGCCGACCGCAAAUACGAGGAGGUCGCCCGCAAGCUGGUCGUCCUUGAGGGAGAGCUGGAGCGCUCGGAGGAGAGGGCAGAGGUUGCGGAGAGUAAAUGUGGUGACCUAGAGGAGGAGCUGAAAAUUGUCACCAACAACCUGAAGUCCCUGGAGGCCCAGGCCGACAAGUAUUCCACCAAGGAGGACAAGUACGAGGAGGAAAUCAAGCUCCUAGGGGAAAAGCUGAAGGAGGCGGAGACCCGGGCAGAGUUUGCCGAGCGGUCCGUGGCGAAGCUGGAGAAAACCAUCGAUGACUUGGAAGAGCGUUCCCGGCAGGAGGCCGAGAAAAACCGCGUUCUCACUAACGAGCUGCGGGUCAUCCUGACCGAACUUAACAACUGAGCUAAGGCAGCUCCGGCCCCAGCACAGCCUCCCAGCCCCGGGCUGCCCCCCUGCCCCGUUUUGGCCAGGCUGGUUUGGGGCUGGGAGCCCCUGCCCGCUCCCCACUGGGAUAACUGCCCUGCUGGGGGGGACAGGGAGCCCCUGGGGAGCUGAUGGUUUUUUUGGGGGAGAGGGAUGAGGGAUUUUGCCGUGUCCUGGGAUGCCCACACGGUGGUGGCUGUCCCCUGGCAUCAGCCUGGCCCUGCUGGGGAGGGAUGUGGUGGCUUGUCUCUGCUUCCCCCUCCCUCCGGUCACCCCAAACCACGCAGGGAGGACGCCCUCGGAGCGGGGUCCCUGCAGGGUGCCGGGUGGGCACAGCCCCCCAUCCCCAUCUCUCAUGGGAAGGGGGUUGCCAACUGGAAGCCAGCACCGGAGGAGGCUGCCCCGGCAGCAGGCUGCCCAUCGGAGCUCGUCCCUGCAGCCUCGUUAUCUCUGCUCCUUCUCUGCUGUCCUCUCUGCCCGCCCUCCUGGGCUGCUGUCUCACUCCUCUUCUUCACGGAGCACCUGGCUGGUGCCGCAGGCGCUGGCUCUCCUCUUGCAAGGGUUCGUGCACGUGCCGGUGGGGACGGCAGGACGGGGAGAGAUGGGGCCGCGGUGGCGGCACCCGCACCACGGAUGGGCUGGCCAAGGGCAACGGGGUUGCACUGGGAGGAUGGAGAAGCUGAAGAAAGGGGGCUGCCUGACCCCCCCCGGGGGUCGUGGAGGGGCUGGGCUCAUCCCUGCCGGUGCUGGGGCUGCUCAUACUGAGCUGUGUCCGUGUGCGUGUGUCUGUGCCUGGCGUGGUGUGCGUGGGUUUCGGCUGG